UUUACUUUCAUAUUUCAGGUGGUGACAGUUGAAAAUUCAAAUAUGUCCGGUAUGUUUGGAAGAUUAUGCUUUAUGCUUGUUAUUGAUGUGUAUUUUUGCAGAGGGUUUCAAGCAGGGAUGCAAUCCAAUUUUACUAGAUGUAAGCUAUCACAAUUGGGUAAUGAGUAUGAAGGCACUAUUGCUGUAACAAAAAGUGGUAUACGUUGUCAAAUGUGGGAAGGAAUUGAAAAAAUACAUAAGAUUGAUCAUCAGAUUAGAGACAUUGAUUUCCCAGACGGAAGCAAGAUCCUAGCUAAAAAUUAUUGCCGAAAUCCUACAAGUGAUUCACGGGGUCCAUGGUGCUAUACUGUGCAGCCUGAUUUAGAAACUGAAGAAUGUGAAAUUCCUCUUUGUAACUAUGGAGAGAGUCGAGUGUCAGGAACGGGCACAGAAUAUGGAGGGCAUUGUAAAAUGAGUUCAUCACAACAAGAGUGUAAAUUAUGGGAUAAAGAAUAUAAACUUGAAGAAGGCUAUACAAAAAAAUUUCCACAUCAAAACUUUCCAGAGUUAUCUCGAAGUAACGCUAAAAACUAUUGCCGUAACCCUGAUGGUGACAAUGGUGGUCCAUGGUGUUUCGUUGAUACAGAGAACUUUAAUGCUGUUCGAAAAGAAUACUGUGAUAUACCAUUACACAAUGAUCGAGAAUGUUUAGUGUACACAAGAACCGCAAAUUCAUAUUCUACAAUCACUAAAAUGGAUUACUUUCUUCGAAAUAUAACAAUAUAUUUAAAAUUGUGGAAUCCGUCUUCGAGUCAAAAAACUGUGGCAACAUUGUUGUUAAGUCACUUACCAGUUCCCACCACUGGAAAAAGAAUCGCAGACGACUGGAAAGGUGGCGCCGAAAUCGCAUUGUCGAGUAUUUUUACAGGCUUACUUUAUCCAGAUUUCAAUUUGAAGACUAACUUUGAGCACACACCUCAUUUAAUUACUGGCGAAAAUUGGUCAGCAAUAACAAUUUCAUGGAGCCUUGGAUAUGUGUCCAUUAGCUUAGCUGGUUCAACAGAAACUAUAUAUACAGGUGAAUAUGCAGUGAAAGGUUCAUUAUCAACACUGUAUCCCGAUGGUUUUCUAUACUAUGGAUUAGCGGGUGAUGGGAUUCUUUGGAGCACCGAAUUUUGUCAAGAAUCUUGUGAGGUUCACACGACUUUUGGGAAUGAAUAUAUGAAAAUUUGGCCGAUAUAUCAUGACAAUAAAGAUUACAAUAUUCAUUUUUUCGUUCGUACGUCAUUCGAAAUAUCAAUCCAGUUUUAUUCAAGCCCUGGAAUACAAUUUCCUAGUAUUACGAUAACGAUAAAUAGUCACGGUUUCAUAAAUGUCGAAUAUCACGAAACAGGUGAAUCAACAAAACAGCAUUUAGAAAAUGUACAAACUGAAGAGAAAUUAGAUUACUGGAGUUGGAAAGAAUUUACAAUUACUAUAUUUGGAUCAAAUUUAUAUAUAUUAGUUCACAAAUACUAUGGUGGAGUUGAUUUACUGCAUGCUAAAAAUAAUUUUCUCAAUCAAUUAAGAUGGUUUAGUAUUGGAAGUAAAAAAAUUGCUCACUGGACAUUAUAUUGUACUCCUGAAUUGAACACUUAUGUAGAAGAAUCAUUACCUCCCAAUUGUAUUAGCAACAAAAAUGAUAAUUAUGAAGGCUCCCAGUGGUUUACGGCAGACACGAACCCAUGCGUACCUUGGUCAUCUGACAUGGUUCCGGAUCAUCAAAAGAAUGAUGAUUUAUUUCCUGAAGGCUCCGUAAUGAAAGCGACAAACAAGUGUCGAAAUAUUAAUAAUGAUCCGAAAGGUCCAUAUUGUUUUGCCUUAUGGGACUCAACAAGCAUAGUAGCUUUCAAAGGCCAUUGCUUAAUUCGAGCUUGUAGGUCAUCUAAAUGUCGAAUAACAGGGACUGCCAAUGAUUAUAUUGGAACACUAUCUCAAACACGAUCAGGUCGUCAAUGUGCACGUUGGAUAAGUGACGAAGAUUGGAAACAUUUACAAGCAAACUGGACUUUUCCUCCACUAGAUGUUGAGUUUUUUCGAGAAUCAUAUGAUGACAAUUCAUUUACUACAGAUAACUCACUAUAUUUUUCGAAAAAAUUCAAUCAUCAUCAUCAGUCACAGAAUUAUUUUAAUUUUCGAUCGGAUGUCACAAAUAAAAAUCAAUCAAAUAUCAUUUUGAAAUUAUCAACGAAGUCUGUUCAUAUUGUCAAUCCAGAUUAUUAUGAUAAUGCGCUUUACCCAGAUGGAAGUGUGAAAAAUGCCAGCGAUUUCUGUCGCAAUCCUUCUCGAAGUAUCGCUGGUACUUGGUGUUAUACGACAGAUCCUUCAGUUCUACAAGAUUUGUGUGAUGUGGAAGACUGUGAUUUCCCAGGAGAAUGUAUUUUUCUCAUUAAAGGUGAUAAUGUUGGUAGGCGGAUGUACAUUUUACCAGAAUAUCGGAUACAAGGUAUCAAAAUUAAUAUUAAAAUUUGGCAGCCCGAUCGUCCGGAUUCCGUUACUUUAGUAUUCGAUGCAAAUCGGGGCCUCAAAUCAAGCUAUAAAUUGACAAUCGGUGCCCACAAAAAUUCAAUGAUGUUACUAUAUUAUAAAUCAGAAGAAGAAGAUUAUAAACUUGUGAUGUCAAAAGUUUGGUAUCAUUUGCUAUUUGUCGGAAGAUGGAAUCAGUUUGUGAUUAAAAUACCGCGAGGUAAAAUUCAAGUUUAUCAUGAUUCUUCCAGUCCAAUAUUUGAGUGGAAUCAUGAGAACCCACUGAAGUCAUUCUUACCAAUAUAUUAUUAUUUUUCGACUGAAAAAAAUUAUAUAGGAUUGCAAUAUGAUUGCAUAACAAAAUGUCACGUUGAAAUCACGACAACUUAUGAAUCUACGAAAUUGUUUCCGAUUUCAAUAGGUCGAACAGAUGUGAAUAUUUCUAAUCAAAAACUCGAACUCAUGAUAAGAUCUAACGGAGAUGUCCACAUACCUCUGAUUCUGUUUCCUGAAGAUUCUGAAUAUUACAAUUUGGUUAUUGAUAAGUUGAGUGCUUCGAUUUCUUUCUCGAAAUUCAUCAAAACAUUUUUAAUUGAACUUCAUACUCAAAAAUCACCGGUUGAAGAAUUACUUCUAGAAGAUAAGUGGAGUAAUAUUACCCUUUUGUGGAUGAAUAAUACUAUCCAAGUCUAUUGGAAUAAUAUAAUCGUGAUUGACUACAAACAUACGAAUCCAUUAUUAUUCUAUUUUUUUUCCGUAAAUGCUCCUGACAAUUGGGUAAAAUGGGCUGCGAAUUGCGUACCUCCAGAUAUUAGUGAAUAUCCUAAAGAUGGUGGCUGGUCUGAAUGGGGUCCAUGGGUUUGUAGUGCAAGUUGUAACGGAGGAGUGGGUAAGAGAAAACGUGUUUGCAAUAAUCCUGAACCUAAUAUCAAGGGUGAACCAUGCAUGGGUCCAAGUGAAAUGACAGGAAGAUGUAAUACGAAUCUUUGCGGUGAUAUAACUCGAGAUACGAUUACUUUAGUAAAUCGAAGAAAAAAAGAAAAUCAUUUAAGUCUUGUUGUAAAAGAAGGUCAGCCAAUAACUAUUCCUUGUGAUCCUGAUAUUAUCACUAGAGUAACAGAAGAAUCUCCUGAAUCUAAAAUACAGUGGUCACAUGAUGGAAUAUUUGUGGAUGCAGAUAAUGAUCGAAUAAUUAUCGAUAAACAUAAUAUUGUUAUUAGGGAGACAAAUGUUAAUGACUCAGGAGUUUAUUCGAUUACUUCGCAUAGAGUUGAUAAAACUCAUGUAAUACUCAAGAUGGUAACCUUGGCGGUACAUCCAGUGAAAACAAUGAUCACUAUACGUGAAACUUUGCCAAUGACCAUUAUCUGCCAUUGUGCAAUACUUGGAUAUGCUUAUGCCAAUUUAAAAGUUAGUUGGUUAAUCAACAAAAAAUUAUGGAAAGAUUAUGGAAUAACAUCGCCUUUAUCCGUUAAUAUCGAUUUAAUUCCUGCGAUAAAUAAAACUCACCAUGGACUUUGGGAAUGUUUUAUUGAAGAGGAUGAUUUGAAGUUUAAAUGGACGACAAAUGCAGUCUUGAUUAAUGUCAUUGAUCCACCAAAUUGGCGAACUUAUUUGAUGGAAGAUGAAUUUACUAAACCUUUUUUCGGAUGGAUGCCAAAUGAGUCAUAUGUUAUCGUUUCAUUAAUCUUAAUAUUAAUACUUUUUACUUCAUUAAUUAUUGUUUGUCUUAUAUAUUUUCUAAAAUUUCAAGCUUAUUUGAAAAAAAGAGCGUCAAAUUACUUAAAAAAAAAGUAAUGUAAAGUGAGUAGUAAAAAAAAAAAUACACUACAUAAUACGCACAUAUACGUUUCAUAAAAAUCUUAAAUAGUAUGUUUUUUUAAAGCCAAAUGUCAAUGACUUUGAGAAAAUUUAAAUAAAUAAUGAUUAGUUAUCGAUGUAAUUUAAU